AUGAAGUGGAAGUGCUACGCGCCUACGUUCACAAUAUUGCUGCUCUAUCUAUCAUCGAGAAACUACGUAACUUGCUCAGCACCGAAAAUUUCUCCGUUCUCGUUUUCAACCAAUCUCACGGUUGGUGAAAGAGGCACCGCGAUCUGCGCUGCAACGGUGGGCGACCAGCCCCUGACAUUCACUUGGCUCAAGAACGGACGCGGAUUGACAGAUGAGAAAAAAAGUGUCACCGUGACGGACAACGCCGACUUUUCGGUGCUCAAGCUGCCGUCUUUGUCACUGGAAAGCUCCGGAAACUACACCUGCAUCGUCAGCAAUCUCUUCGGUUCAGCGUCCCAUUCGGCAACCCUCAGAGUUCACGCUUCGCCUCACUGGGUUCAAGAACCACGUGACGUCGUUGUCACUUCUGGUGAAAGAGUUCACGUUCCAUGUCAGGCAUCCGGUUAUCCUGAACCGACGAUACUGUGGACCAGAAAGCAGCCAGGAAGAUCAGAAGAGUUGGCGUCAUCGGAGAACGGCUCCCUAGUCAUCACCUGGGCCAGAAAAGAGCACGAAGACCUUUACACCUGCAAGGCGAGCAACGGAAUUGGGCAACGGCUAGAAAAGACAGUCCAAGUCGCCGUGAAAUGUGAGUUCUAG